CUCGAAGCAGACGCUGCUUCCCAAAAGCAGCGCCCAAAAAGAUGCUAGGGCAGGCGCCAUGGGCAAGGCUGUCUCCUUCUGGCCCUGCCGUCCUUCUGCUGGCACUCUGUACUGGCGUGACCACCCAGGACAUCUGCAGCUCUCCAGGAUUUCAGGUGCAUGGAGGUAACGACCAGACUCCAGUCCUGUACCUCAAUGCUUCCAGUGCCAAGGAGGGGGAAAGAGUGCUGCUUCAAUGUAUCCUUGAUGAGCAGUUUCCUCCUACACGAGUUGUCUUCUGCAAGAAUGGGCUGGAGGAGUUCAGCCUGAAAGCCCAGCAGGGCAGGCUCAUCUAUGCUCUGGUCCUGAACAUCACCUCCAGAAGUGCUGGGAUGUACACGUGUGGGUACCAGCAGAGGAACGAGAGCAACUGGGUGAGGAACUCUGCUCUCAGUGCUCCCUGGACCUUGUCUGUGGCAGGUGCAAGUGCUGGUGAGACCAUCACUGAUAUCCAGAGCUCCACAGGUGAGGACAAGCUUGAGGGUGUUACGGCUGCAUGGGCAUGUCCUGCUCCCUGCCUCUCCCCAUCACACCCCGCUGCCCUCACACCCUCUCUCCCCCAGCUCCCCAUGCCCGGAUCCCGCACACACUCCCCACAGGCACGGUGCCUGCAGAGGGAGAUGCCCAAGCACAUGAGCGACACCACGACGUAUGCCACGGUGGACCCACACCCAGACAUCCGAUAG